AAAAAAUAAAAUGGAGUAUUGGUCAAUGAAGAUUCACAUUUGACUCCAAGUGUACCCGCAUCCCGGACUUUUGGGCACCAUUUUUUUUCAAUGUUUCCUUCUCGUUAUCGUCAAACUCAAGUAAAUGAAUCUUUAUGGAUUGAUCCGAUUGAUCUGCGCCACAGAACAAUUCUCGUUAUCUUCCGUCGUCGUUGCCGUCCAUACUGUAUAGCACGGGAUCAUUCGGCUGAAAAUCAUCACAGUCAUUGAAGAAUGGAUGCAUCGGCUUCUGCCCGGCCGCUCGGCAACGCCGAUGAACUCAUCAACGCCGUCGGGACUUUCAUCUUCGAUUGCGACGGAGUUAUAUGGAAAGGAGAUAAAUUGAUAGAUGGAGUUCCCGAAACAUUAGACAUGCUCAGGGCAAAGGGAAAGAGAUUAGUUUUUGUUACCAACAACUCAACAAAAUCUAGGAACCAAUAUGGGAAGAAGUUUGAAGAACUUGGCCUUCAUGUCACUGAGGAAGAAAUAUUUUCAUCAUCAUUUGCAGUUGCUGCUUACUUGAAGUCCAUUGAUUUCCCAAAAGACAAGAAGGUAUACGUAAUUGGCGAGGAAGGCAUAUUGAAGGAGCUCGAGUUAGCUGGGUUUCAGUAUCUCGGGGGACCGGGGGACGGCGAGAAAAAGAUAGAACUAAGGCCAGGAUAUAUGAUGGAGCAUGAUGAGAAUGUUGGAGCGGUUGUUGUUGGGUUUGAUCGUCAUUUUAAUUACUACAAAGUACAGUAUGGAACACUAUGUAUACGUGAAAAUCCAGAGUGUCUUUUCAUUGCAACAAACUGUGAUGCUGUCACUCAUCUAACAGAUGCGCAAGAAUGGGCAGGUUUAUUUUCUUCUUUUUCUAAUCCAUGUUCAAUAUCACAUUAGUAAGUGUUCGUGAUUUUGUAAAUUUAGUCCCUCAUUUGUCAUGAAUGAUAUAUUGCUCCUUUGAUGCUUUUUACGGAGUAGCUUGUUUCAGGUGGCGGUUCAAUGGUAGGCGCCCUAGUGGGGUCCACACAGCGCGAACCGCUUGUUGUAGGGAAGCCUUCGACUUUCAUGAUGGACUACUUAUCGAACAAAUUCAAUAUUGAGAAGUCAAAGAUAUGCAUGGUUGGCGACAGGCUAGAUACAGAUAUACUUUUUGGACAAAAAGGGGGCUGCAAAACUCUUCUUGUCCUCUCAGGUGUUACAAGUCUAUCAAUGCUCCAAGAUCCCAAAAACGCAAUACAACCCGACUUCUACGCGAACAAGAUUUCUGAUCUUCUCUCUUUGUAAGUCGUUGCGGUGGAUUAAAACUAUUUGUAGAUAAAAUUGGAUUAAAACUAUUUGUAGACCAAGUUCACACUGCCUUUUGUUUCAAUUCACACACAAAACUCGUUGUUUGUGAUACAAACAGUACUUGUUUGUGUCCCACACACACGAGUUUUGUCUCUGAAAUGCAAAAAAAAAAGGUGGUGUAAAGUUUGUGAUUUGUAUAUUGAUACCGGUUCAAAUAUGUAUAGUAAGACCCAAUAUACCCGGUACACUAUAUUUAAUUCAGAGUAUCCGGAUCAAAGUUUAUAAUUUCGUGUAUACUUUUGGCUUACACCAAGAGUGAAUCAAACAAAUUAGAUGGG